AUGCUACCCGCCAAGUCAGCGGGGAGAUUCAAGUGUGUUUCGAAAUCAUGGCUGUCGUUGAUCUCAAACCAAGCUUUCAUCAAAACCCAUCUCGCAAUUUCUUCCAGAAGGGAUGAUUUCCAACACCAUGGUCUCAUCUCCUCUGUUUUCCCCUGCUCAGCUGACGGCCCUAUUAACAAAUUGCAUCCUGUUAGUUCUCUUCUGUACUCAGCGUCCUCUGAAACUCCCACCGGUCGGGUGUUUGAAAUCGAUUUUCCAAUGGAGUCAUCGAAGAAAUCAGUUAGGCCUGUAGGUUCUUGCAAUGGUCUUGUUUGCUUGAGGACCUGUGGAAAUCGUGAAUUGUAUCUGUGUAACCCUUGUACUAAAAUUUAUAAGAAAUUGCCUAAGACGGGAAUGCAGAUUAGAAGGGGUAAUAAAUCGUGUUUCGGGCUCGGCUAUGAUAAGUUGAAUGACGAUUAUAAAAUAGUUGAGCUAUUCCACGAUGGUACGAAUAAGAUUACGGAAUGUCACGAUGGUACUAUUAGUAUUCUAUAUAUAUAUGCAAUUGGAGUGUAUAGUCUAAAGAAUAAUUCAUGGCGCGAGAUUAAAAAUCUAAGAGUUGAGGUUCCAGAUAAAUUCCGAAAAUAUUAUCUCCAUUAUGCAAGUGGAAAGCUCCAUUGGCAAGUCGAUGGUGGUAAAAUUGCUUGCUUUGAUCUGGAAAAUGAGACUUACGGAGAAAUGGACCCCCCAGGGCCAGGCAAUAAAGGCAGUACCUUUGAGUUUGAUUAUCAACUUGGAGUUUUAGGAGAUUGGCUUUCGUUGUUUUACGACGAUACCACUAGUGGUCAUGCUGAUAUAUGGGUGUUGAAGGAUUCCUGGAUCAAAGUUGUAUAUGCACCUCUUGUUGAAACUCCUUGCGGAAGAAGUUACAAUGAGUCUCAAUUGAUUUGUUUGCAGUGGAACGAUAAGGUGCUGUUUGUUCUUUACAAUCGAAAGGCUAAUACUUACUCGAUCCAUCCGCAGCAGAAACGUCCUCCUGGGAAGACAAUUUUGUAUGUUGAGAGUUUAGUUUCGCCUAAUAUUUUUAUGAAAGAUAACGAGCCAGCAAGUGCAUUGAAAGAGAUAAGGUUCCAGUUUCAUUUUUUGUUCCCCCCAUCAUUUCCUGAUUCUGUUGAAGAAAUCAUGUGUGUGAUCAUGGAGCGAGCGUUGAAAAAGUAUCAGAUUUGUGUUGACCCAGCACUGCAAAUCUUGAAACGAAUGCUAUCCCAAUCUCCUCCUCACUUAAGGAAUUCCAUCAGGCUCAUGAUUGUGGAGUUGAAUUUCUUCAAAAUGUUCUGUUGGGGCGUGGGUUUUUCAGAAGAACUUUUGGAAGCUGAUUGGAUGUUGCGGUUCACUUUUAUGGCGCAAAAGUUUAGGCGAACGGGCCAGGAUUUGAGGAUGCAAUUUGAAGAUGCAUCGGAAGGAGAAAAGAUCUCAAACUGGGAGCGGAUGAAGAGUUGUUUAGAGACAAUAAUUAAGAAUCUGAAGCUACAAGCCAGAGAGAUCUGCAUCCUUCACGUGCAUUCAAAAGUGAGUGCUAGCUCUUACCAGCUCCAGGGCUGGUUGCCUUAUGAGUAUGGACGUGAGACCAGUGAUUUCAUAAGGUUGAUCCAAAUGAAUCUUUGUACUCUUGUCUCAAAUAUUCAUCUGAUUGCUCCCGAACUGGAGCCACAGACUGUGAAGCAACGAAUCGGCUUCAUUCAACGGAAACUCGAGCUUUUUGCAGAGUUUGUUUCUCUUCUAAAUUUGUGGCGUCAUAGAUACAUGGGAACAGACAAACUCAUAUAUCACAUUCAGAAUUGGGCAAGUCUCAUCUCAAGUCUCGCGUGCCUGUAUUGGAUUGAUGGAACAGAUUUGGUCAGUCUAACAUCCACCACGGUGAAUAUGCUUUCUGAUUUGAUGAAGAAAAUUAUGUCCUAUAAUCCAGGUUCAACAGCCUUGUUCCUUGAUGUGUUUAAGGCUACCAAGUAUCAUAAAUUUCGAGGUAAAUGGUGUCCUACACUCCUUCCAAGUUAUGUUGAUUUUCUUCUUGAACAUUUGGUCAUACAAAAUGUGGAUUAUGAUAUUGAACUUCUUCGCGAGGGGUUGUUGUUCUUGUUGUCAUUUGUUAUGGAUUCACCGACUGGGGGAUCGAAAGAAACAAAAUUGAUAUUGGCUGAAAUUUAUGCUAUUGUUACUGAACUGCAAUCUGUCGAAUGCAUUCCCGAGACUAAUAUGUUACCUAAUUUCCUUCAUAUGAUUGAUGGAGUCAAGGCUAAAGUGAAAGAAUUGUACUUUGUUACUCCUUUUUCAUCACAAUUCAAUUUUCCCUCAAGUAAUGCAUUAGGAUUUCUGGAUUCCCUCUUAGAAACACUACACUGCAUACUUGAAGGGAGAGUGCAUUUGAUUCCUUCAAUAAAGAAUCAUGUUGUAGGAAUACAUGAAGGGCUGGCAUCACUGAAGUCAUUUCUCGAACAUGACUUGGAAUCAAAAUAUGAGGACAACAAACUCAAAGAUUUGCUUAUGCAAAUCAGUAAUGUCAUACACUAUGCAUCAUAUGUCACAAAACUGUGCCCAACCAUGAGUUUCUCUGUUUGGUUUGGUAUCACGUGCCUACCUGAUGUCGUGCAUCACAUUGAGCUUGUGAGAAGUGAGGAGGAUGUUGAAUCAAUAUCAAAUAAUCUUCUUCGAGGACAAAAGGAUCUCACAAUUAUUUCGAUUUCUGGAAUGCCUGGUCAAGGCAAGACGACCUUGGCAAGAAGAAUUUAUGAUGAUCCUUCAAUCCAGGAUCAUUUCCCCAGAGUUGCAUGGUGUUAUGUCUCCAAAGAAUGUGAACUAAUAAGUUUAUUGGCCAACAUCUUAUUGGAGGAUAACGACAACAAGGAUCAUGGCAACACGGACAUCCACGAUUUAGGCAAUCGUGUGAGGAGAAGUUUCAAGGGAACAAGAUAUUUCAUUGUUUUGGAUGACAUUUGGGAUGUUGAUGCAUGGGGCCUGGUGCAAUCUUUUUUUCCCGAUGAUAAAAAUGGAAGUCGAAUCUUGUUUACCAGUCGAAAUGACAACCUUGCUUCUCAAUGUAAACAGAAUUCAAUUUGUCAUCCCCUUCGAUUAUUUUCUGAUGACGAAAGUUGGGAGUUGAUGAAAGGUAAGUUUUCUUAUGAUGGUUUACCUCCAGAACUUUUAGAGGUCGGAAAACAAAUAGCAGUUUAUUGCCAAGGGGUGCCUUUGGCAGUUGUUCUAAUUGCCUCUGUUCUUAACAGGACAACAAAAGAAUUGGAUUCGUGGAUGGAAGUAAAAGAAAACUUGAAGUCGCACCUAAAAAGUGAAGGGUGCAUGCACAUUGUAGAGUUAAGUUACAAGUAUUUGCCAAAUCAUUUGAAACCAUGUUUUAUUUAUAUUGGAGUAGCAUUUCAAAGGGGUGAAGGCAUUUAUGCUGGCAAGUUGAUAAACCUUUGGACAGUUGAAGGAUUUGUUAAGGGAAAUGAGACAUCUCCCUCGGAACAUGUGGGAAGAGAGUGCCUGGAUUACCUAGUUUCACAGAAUUUGAUUGUUGUCACUCAAAGAGGUUCAACCGGGAAGGUAAAGCGUUGUACUGUUCAUGAUCUCAUAUAUGACUUGUGUCUUCAGAAAGCCACGGAACAUAAUCUCUUACAAAUGGUUUGCUAUAAGACCGUUCUAAAUCAUUCUUAUCAUCCUCAUGCUCAAAAGUACAACUUUCAGCACCAUUGGCUUCGCAUUCAUGACAACCAUCCGGAAGCUUUUGUUGACCCAGCAAAUGAUUCUGCCCGAAUGAAAUUACCCUCAAGUUCGGUUCACUCUCUAUUGUGGUCUUUUUUUGCUGGAUUAUCAAUCCGGUACAAAUUCUGGUCUUCUUUUCUUAACAACUUUGGAUUACUUACAGUGUUGGAUAUGAUGGAUGUGAAUCUGCGUAGCUCUAAGUUUCCUCAAGUAAUAUUGUACAAUAUUCAUCUGAGAUACCUAGCACUACGUGGCGCUUUUUCUUGUGUUCCACCAUCAAUAACUAGUUUGUGGAGACUGGAAAUGCUCCUUUUAUUUCCAGUAAGAUGUCAUGUGUUGUUACCAGCAUCAUUAUGGAAGAUGAAAAGUUUAAGCUAUGUUCGUAUUAGGAAUUGUUAUUUUAGAUUGGAUGCUUAUGUGCAAGUUGUGUCUUCAAAGGUAGAAACAAGUAAGAUAGAGACACUUAACGGAAUAAUUCUUCCUUGUGAUGAUGAUGAUAAGGCGCAAGAGUUCUUAAGAAGCUUAUCAAGGCUUAGGAAGUUGUAUUGCUCAUAUGAUAAAAGUUUCCAACCUAAGUGGUUAUCAAUGUUUGAAUCUUUGCAGAAACUGGAGAGCUUGACAAUUGAUGAGGUGAUCCCUAAACGGUUUUUAUUUCCGAAGCAAGGUUGGAGAAAUCUAGAGUUAAAAUUUCCAGAUACUCUCAAGAAGUUAUGUCUCUGGCAUUUAGGACUACCUUGGAAGGCCAUGUCAACAAUUGGGAAGCUGCCUAAUCUCCAGGUGCUCAAAUUAUAUUAUAAUGCAUGCAAGGGGGCUACCUGGGAUUUGGAAGAGGGGAAUUUCUCGCAACUCAAGUGUCUGAGUUUAUAUCGGGUUGAUGUUGAGCAAAUAAAUGACUCUGACUGCGACGAUCAACCAUUUCCUUGUCUCGAGAAGCUUUAUGUGUACUUUUGUACGAGACUUGAGGAGGUUCCACCCAGUUUUGGAGCCAUUAAUACCUUGAAAAUAAUUCAUCUCAUUUCAUCUCCCCAAGCCUCAGAUUCAGUUAAGGCAAUCGUGGAACAACAGAAAGAAUGGGAAAAUGACGUUCUCUCAGUUGUCUUAGAUCAUGGCGUCAAGGAUUAUUAUUAUAGAGUUGUUGCUUCGACCUCUUUCCAAGAUUGGUACAUUGUGAAGAGAUGCCUUAGAUCCGGCGUUAAAAUAAUGGUCGAGGCGUAUGGCGGCUCUCCUGAAUGGAAGCCUGACUUCUUGUUUGUAAGGGCGUCCAAGAACUAUUGCCUGCCAUGGAACCAUCGAGAAAUGGAGGGUCUUAGAGCGAUAAAGGAUGAGUGGACCCAAGAAGACGAUAAGUGCAUCGAGGAGGUUGAUGCAGAUGUGGAGAAAAUCUUGAAAUAUUCUAAAGUCGUUAAAUGGAACGACGUACAAUAUUACAUACCCCCUGUAUCUACCGAGGAGAAUGACGAUGCGAAUGCUAAUAUCGAGAUCUCAACCAGAAUUUCUCUCGAAACUCCUGUUGGAGAAAACAAAGAUUCCUUUACUAUUGUGAAUUUAGAUGAGGAUGUUUCCAUCACUGCAAUCCCUGCGCAGAAGAAAAAGAAGAAGAGGAUCAUGAAGGCUGGUGAUAGAGCGAAAUCCAAGAAGGCCAGAACGGAUGCGCCUUUGAAAGAAACUGCAGUAUGCCAACAUGUAAAAGUGAAACCUCGGUUGAUACUGUGGAGUUCUCCGGCGGACAUUGCCUCGUUUCCUAGCGACGUGCCUGCCAUCCUUGCCAAGGAUCCAAGCAAAGAGGAUUCCAUACCCGAUGUACCAGAUGAUUACAUGGGUAUUGAGCUCGAGGAUGCUGAUGAAGCCACCGAGGAGGAUGUUGCCGACACUAGCCAUUCCGGAGUGCAGAGAAAUGUUGAGGACGCAUCUCAGAACCCCUCCAAGGAUCACCCUCCUGGCAGUGAUGCUCAUAGUUGGCCCACCCACCGUGUUCACCUCAUGGUUCUAUCGGAGGAACAAUCGAGUGAGUACCCGUUGUACUCCAUGAUCAGAGGAAUUUUAAGAGGUCGUGCCGACGUACAUAGUAUCGAGACAGUGGCAAACCUAGAGAAUGACCUUCUCGACGCGAUGAGAACACACAAUGUGAAAGUUAAUCAACAUCUGAUAAAUGAGAUUAAAGAACUUCAUGAGGGGAUGAAGCGUCGGGAAGUUCAAAGUUUGAAAGACUACGGUGAUUCACUGACUUUCGAGGCCGAGAUCCAUGAUGAGCUGGUCAUCUUAAAGAAGGAGAAUGCUCGGUUGAGGGAAAGACAACAAAUUACCGUGUCCCCUUGGUUCCUUGAGAAACAUCAAGUGCUAGCUCGAGUUCAACACAUGAUUAUGACCAGAAUUCACCGCUUCAUUGCAGCCAUGGACAUAUUGAAAGGGAAAGCUCGUGAGAUCGAGCUUCUUACGGAUUACAUUGCCAAACUGCAAAAUCUGUUAUUAGAUAACAACAUUGAUUUCGAGGUUUUUGAGCACCCAGAGGAAACGGUGGAUCCUCGAACUCGAAGUUCUCAAGAAGAGUUAUUAAUGAGGGUGCAUGCCCAAGAUCAAGAGAUCGUGGAUCUUAAGGACAAGUUUAAUCAAUGCGUAAAUCUCCUUAGCCUGCAUGGGUUUAAGGGGAUUAUUCAUCCUUCUCCUGAUAAUCCUAUCAGGGAAGUCCUUGUAAUAGUGUAG